AUGACGGGUGUGAAUAUGAACAAGGCCGGAAUGGAAGGAGCUCCGAAAGAAGAAAUAAACCGUAUUUACGAAGAGUGCACAAAAAAUAGCGAUUUUACAAAGAAACAAAAAGAGCAAGAACAAAAAUAUAUCGAUUAUGCUCUAAUUGUAAAACAACGAGUUGAAAUUGCUAGCCCCGAUGAAAUCGAGAGUGCACGAAAAACUAUGCAAGAAGCGGUUAAACGAGCGAGAGAGGGCUUGGACUUUAGUAGAGUGCUGGUUCAUGUGGAUAUGGACAUGUUCUUUGCAGCAGUUGAAGAGCUCGAUGAUCCAACAUUGAAAGAAAAGAUAUUCGCCGUUGGUUCUAUGGGAAUGCUCUGCACUUCGAACUACAGGGCGCGUAAAUACGGAAUUCGCGCUGGAAUGCCUGGCUUUAUCGGAGCAAAGCUCGCUGAAAAGUUGGCAAAAGAAAAGCUUCAUCUUGUGCCGACCCGGCAUGAUCGAUACGCUGAGGUUUCGAAGCAGGCGCAGGAAGUUUUUGGACAGUACGAUUCGAACUUCGCGAUGAUGUCUCUUGACGAAGCGUACAUGGAUUUCACCGAGCACUUAGAAGCUCGACUGACGAUGACUGAUGAACAAAAAACCUUCGAUAAUGUUCUCUACGGGAACGACAUCGAAUCAGCAGUUAAAGAAAUGAGACAUCGUGUGUUUUUAGCGACAGGCUUGACCUGCUCCGCUGGAUACGGGCCAAACGUGAUGGUGUCGAAAAUUGCGUCUGAUAUGAACAAACCAAAUGGUCAAUUCGCAGUUGCACAUGAUGAAAACUCAGUUCUUGAUGAUGUUGAUACACUUCUUAAAAUCCUCCGCGAGCUAUCUGAACAGCUCGGCGAUCAUUGCAAAAAGGCUGAAGUCUCCGGAGCUGGUUUCACGCUCAAAGUCAAAACUGACAAAUUCGAUCUUUUCACGCGAUCAAAGAAUUUGCCGAGAGCCAUCAACGACGGGGAAGAGAUAUUCAAGAUUGCAGAGAAGAUGUUUAUGAAAGAGUUUGGCGGGGAAGGCCGAAAAUACAGACUUCUUGGAGUUUCGCUGAAAGAUUUUAAGGAGAAGAGUGAUAAUAGAAUGAUAACGUCGUUUUUCGAAGCUUCUGAAAAUAAAAACAAAGAGAAAGAAAAGGAUGAAGCUGUAUUUUGGACGAAAACUUCACCACAACAAGCGGCAAAUGAGCGCGUUCCUUUGAAAGAAAGCAGGCCGAAUUUUUGGAAUCUUCCCGAGAACGAUGAAAAUGUAUCUUCAAAAGCAACGCGAAAAACUAAUAGCCCUAAAAAAUCGCCAGCAAAGUUCGUCAGAAGAACGAAUUUGCCCUUAUCGUCAAAGCCAGGGCCGUCAAGAGUUAUUGAUCUUGAGGAUUUCUCUGACGAUUCUCGAGGUUCAACCAUUUCAACUGGCGGACGACCGAAUUUUUGGAACUUGCCGCAUGAAAAUCAAGCUGACGAGCCUGGUCCUUCCACCAGCAAUGCUAGAGCCGUCGAGAUUGACUAUAUUUCUGAUGAUUCAAGGAGCUCCACAAUAUCAAAUCUUUCUUCAUGCUCGUCAACAUUGCUGAUCAAAAAAAGAACAACGAUGAGCAGAGAAGUGCCAAAGCUCGUUGAAGAGUACCAAAAUAUGGGAGAAGAAGCCUUACAAACUCGCCUGGAAGAUAUUAUUUGCCCAGAAGAGCUAGAGGAGUUAAGAAAAUUUCAAAACGAAGCUCCCAAGCCGACCAUUUACGUAAAACCAAAAACUGAUCAAUCAAAAAAAUCCAAGCCAAAACCAACUUCAAGAAAAGCCACAAAGAAGAGUCCCAGUACAAAGAAAACCCUCCCAAAAACUUCCAUAAAGGACAGUGCAAUUUCCAAAAUGUUCCAAAAAGCUCAAAAGCGAAAAUCCGACGAAGCCAACUUGACUCAAAACAAGAAACCUCACAAUUCAUCUACCAUUGAAAUCUUAUCCUGA